GCCAAAAUGAGUGACCUACGAUCUCGUAUGAUGGAACUUGCCAUCUCUUUCUUAAAUGCUUUCAACGAGUUCACCACAGAAUCCGUUGUGAGAUAUCGCAGCGAGAGUUGCAUGCACCGCCUCCUACCAAAAUCACUAGACGCGCCGCCACGCACCAACAGCGAAUACUCUGCCUGGGUCGGCAACCUGAAGAAUGUCAUGAGCGGAUUCAAACUUUCUUUCAUGGAUGGCUAUGAGCCUAUAAUUGACGACAAAUCCCGACAUAUCACCUUGCACCUCAAAUCCACCUGCGAAACGGUACUGGGAGAAUAUCAGAAUGAAUAUGUAUGGAUCAUGAAGGUCGAUGAGACCGGCCAAGAAAUUGUGGACAUCAUGGAAUUCGCGGAUAGCGCGUAUACAAUUGAAUGGAUUCAGAAGCUUCAAAAUGCUAUUGAAAAGAAGUAA